UACCAGCAGUAGUUGGGCCUGUGACUGGUGUAUAUAUGCUAACAGAUGCACCCACGCCAGCAGUACUUGUGGUCCUAGUGGAGGGGUGAUACCAGGACAGAAUAGCCAUGUCAGUGUUGGUAUUAAAGGUCCCACCAUGUGCCCCCAGCUCCUGCCACGUGCACAGGACAUCCUGUUACCUGCUGGGGUCAUCAAGGUGAUCUCACUGAGUGGGAAGAACCUUCCUGUGCCACAGGCUGGCCAAGGUGGUUACCAAUGUAAGAUAGGCACUAACACAGUCCCAGCUAUCAGACAGAAUGAUAGUGCCAUAGACUGUCAGGGCCACGCUUAUAUAUACACAGUCAAUACAGGCCAGGAGAGACACCAAAUCCAAGUAAUCUGGAAUAAUAACCAUGUGAUAGAUCAACCAACAGGCUCUCAAGUCAGUGCCACCCUGUACAAGUGUGACAUCCUGGGGACCACAUGUGGCACAUGUAUUGGUGCUGUGGAUGUAAAGUUUGGAUGUGCUUUCUGUGGAGGGACGUGCAAGUAUCACCCAACAUGCAGUGUGCCAGCAGAAAACAUUUGUCCUAAUGUUAUCAUUAACUGGGUUUCUCCCUUGAGUGCCCCAGUUGAAGGUCACACAAAGGUCACCAUCAAUGGCACCAAUUUAGGGACCUCUGAUGCCAGUAUACCCACUGUAACACUGGCUGGGGUGAUCUGUAGACCUGUUGUAGAAGAUUAUGUGGUCUCAAAGAGAAUUGUGUGCACUGCAGCUGAAGCUCCAGGCAGGUUGGCCAGAAAUGGUUCCAUAGAGAUCCAGGUCAAGGGUUUAAUUAGGUCAUACAGCUACUCCAAACAGUUUAGAUACAUGGACCCCAGGCUGGAGACAGUGUUCCCAGUGAAAGGCCCCAUGUCUGGUGGCACCAGGCUGACUGUGAGGGGGACAGAUCUUAACGCUGGCAACCUGGACAAUAUCAGCCUAACCCUAGAGGAGGAAAUGUUGCCUUGUAUUGUAGAUAGAAGCACAAUUGGCAGCCAUUCCACAAUUUGUACCACUCCUGGGGUCAGUAGGCCAAAGGUCGUGACCUCUGUUAGGAUGUUCUUUGACGGUAGUGUAAGAAUGCUGGACCAGGGUCCCUUCACAUACACUGAGGACCCUGUGGUGGACAAGAUAAUGCCACUAACUAGUUUCGUCAGCGGAGGUCGGAUAUUGACAGUUACUGGGAAGAAUUUUGACUCAAUUCAACAGCCAAAGAUGUUUGUAUGGAACGGGAAUGAAAAGUCGGAAACGACGGAUUGUUUCCAUAUACCAGAAAUGUCCAGUACUACAUUAACAUGCCCGUCUCCAAGAGCGCCUAAGGGGAUUCACCAAACGAUAGGCCUACCAGACACUUCAGGUUCCUUGCGUUUUAAGAGAGAGUCAGACACCAAUACCAUUGCGAAGAUUGGCUUUGUAAUGGACGGAGUGCUAGCAGUGCAGAAUUUAACCAAAAUAAUUUCUUCUCUUCAAUAUGUUGUGGACCCGUUGUUCCAGAAUUUGACCAGCGACGGUUCUAGUGUGAAAUAUCAAAGUAACACUAGCUUCGUAAUACGUGGACAUUAUCUCAACCUUGCCGCAAGCGAAGCAGAUGUGACUGUUCUGAUUGGUGGACAUAACUGUGACGUCACGGGUUUGGCUCCCAGUGUUCUUGUCUGCACACCGCCACAUUUUGACUACGGAGAUAAACUGGUAACUAUACGCAUGGGUAAUUUAGAGUACCUAGUAGGGUAUCUGAACUAUGGGGAUCCUCCUCUUCCAGGCAGCUAUGGCUGGGUAGCCGGGCUAAUUGUCCCUAUUGUUGCUCUAACUGUCAUUGGAAUUGUUACCGGAGUCAUAGUCUAUAAAAGACGUGCAAAACGCACUACUACCAAACACAAUGGCGCCAAUGACACCGAGUACCUUGGUUUAAGCAGUCAAAUCACACCACCGCGUGUUAUCAACACUAUAGAGGACGCCUUGAUGCUGGUGAAGGAUGGUGACUUAAAGGUUGCUCUCAAGCCUGUACUGGUGAGCAGAGAUCGGAUUAAAAUUGGGAAGUUAAUAGGCACAGGGCACUUUGGAUGUGUAUUUGAAGCGACUUACGAAGACAGCGAACAUUACAACCCAUCUAAAGUAGCCGUGAAAACGUUUCAAGGAAAGGGUGCAGACAUUCAGCACCUAGAUGAAUUCCUCAGAGAAGGAGCUCUGAUGACGUCAUUCCGCCAUGAUCACGUGUUGACAAUACUCGGGAUAUGCUUCGAAGUUGACGGCAACCCCAUGAUUAUAUUACCGUACAUGGCCAAUGGAGAUCUCAAAACUUACAUCGAGAAUCCUAAGAAUGUACCUACUGGACUACAGCUGCUGCAGUUUGGUUUGGACGUAGCCCGGGGCAUGGAAUACCUUGCUGAGAACAAAUUUGUCCAUCGGGAUUUGGCUGCUAGAAACUGCAUGCUAGAUGACCAACUGCGCGCCAAGGUGGCCGAUUUUGGACUGACUCGUGACGUUUAUACCACGGAAUUAUACAGCUCCAGAGACAAGCAGGCCAAGUUGCCGGUGAAGUGGAUGGCGCCAGAGUCCAUGGAGAGGAACGUCUACACAUUUAGAUCUGAUGUGUGGUCCUAUGGCGUCCUACUUUGGGAACUGUUCACUCGUGGUAAGGUACCGUAUCCUGGUGUAGACGGAUGGGAUGUUCUACAGUUCCUAAAACUUGGGAGAAGACUGGACAUACCUGACUACUGUCCUCAGCAUGUGUACCAGCUCAUGCUGAAGUGCUGGUCAUGGGAGCCAGAGGAGCGGCCAGACUUCACCUCUAUUGUAACACAAAUAGAGGAGACAGUGAGAGCCAACACGGAAGUUAGUGGAGAACCUGGUCACAAUGAACAUGAGGAAGUGGAUGGUGAUUAUCAUAUGUACACUGAAGUGCUAACUUAACAAUGUAACACCUGUUUAUAAUUUUGUCCACUCGUUUUUUGACAGUGUUUUUCAUUUGGACUUUGCUAUAAGGAUGACGACGCUGCUUCCUCCUCAUAUGGUAUUUUUACCUGUAUAUUUGAUUAUGAAUGGUCUCUAGGAAUCGAUUACACGUCCACAUUUUAUUGUGUUUGGCUAAGGAGAAAAAAGUGCUGCUUCCACCACUAUUGAACUUUUGUGUUCUUUAGGCUCUGGAUUAUCGCAUGAUACGCAUGGCAUCUAAGAGCCCAUUCAGAACAGAUAAUCCGCAUACUAACUGAUCCACCGACUAAAUAUGGGUGAUCUCACUUAAAAAGCGUUGUCGCUAUAAUUCCUUGAUGGUCCCCCCGCUUCCACCGUCGCUGCAGGAACCUCGGAGCCGUUUAAUAUUUUUUAACAUAUACAUCCGCUUCCAGUCGAAAAAUAAUAUUUCGACAGGUUUUUCUGCUUGCAGUCUAUGCUGUAUGUAAAUGGGUCAGAGUGUUAGGUCAGAAAUGGCUCUCAAUGUGUGACGUAAUAUGUUAAAAAACAUUUAUAGAGAUUCAAAUCAAAGUAUGUUUUUCAUUUGCAUGUUUUUCGUAUAUCGUGUAUUGCAUUUUGCUAUUAUUUCUCACAUCUCAGCAAGUGAAGUUCGUGAUUGGCAUCCUGUUCUAUCUCCUUCUUCUUUAUAAGAUAUAGUUUCUUUUUCUUUUUUUUUUAUAUUUUGGGGUUUUAAGAAUAAUAUAUAUAUAUAUAUAUACAAACAAACCUGGUUUGCACAUGUCUCUUUAAGAUAAUGUUUGGAACACGAAUAACUUGAAAAUCUUGAUGACACAACUGACUACGAACUUCUCCAUUCUCAAAUCUUAUAUGAGAUCUUAGUUUUUUAAAGAACGCAUUUUAUGUAGGUAUACCUUUGAAAUUAAAAUAUUCCAUAUUAAAUGUCAAGUAUAUCUAUCAAUCUAUCUAUC